CGGAUCUCCCCCUCCAAGUGUUGAAAAGGGGAAGCUCUGAGGACGAGCACAGAGGACAAUUAUUUACACAGGACUUUCAAUUGAGAACUGACAAUGCGAGCCAUCAUUCUGUUGUUGGUUGUGAUAGUCGGUGUCAUGGUGUUGAGGACGAGUGCAGCAGCUGGAUCGUCGUCAUCACCAUCAUCCGGCGACAUACCAUCACCUUCUGCAACAUCAGGAACGGGUGGUGAGAACUCACCUUCUGCAGCAUCAGGAUCGGGUGUUAGGAACUCACCUUCUGCAGCAUCAGGAUCGGUUGUUAGGAACUCACCUUCUGCAGCAUCAGGAUCGGGUGUUAGGAACUCACCUUCUGCAGCAUCAGGAUCGGGUGUUAGGAACGGAGCUUCUGGAACAUCAGGAUCGGGUUUCGGGAACAACACUGCCAGCGCUGUGACGUCAUCGACCUUUGGGAUCGUUCUCUCCAUUGUGGGCGUGGCCACCUUUAGACAAGUGCUCUAGACCGUCCUCCUGACCAACGUCACCUGUCUGAAAUGAAUAUUUAUUCAAGUGACACUUCACGACCUUUAAUUUCUUAUUGACACAUAUACUCGCAGAACAAUAACGUAUCUUUGUAAAUGUCCAUUCGUUCUUAAGUGCAGACUUCGGAAACUUUUGAGCGUUUGAUGAGAUUUCAGAUAAAGUGAAAUUCUCACAUUGCGAGCCAUAGGAAUCCUUGGAUCCAUUAUCUCGCUCAUGGUCACCAUGGUUACGGCGACGGUACUAACAGAACAGCCACGUAGUGGCCACCCGUGACGAGAUCGCCGUUGACGUCUCCAGUGGUGCAGACAACACUUGUGGUGGACAUCGCGUCAGUGGAGAAGGGUCCUCUAUUCACAGGAACGUUUCUUUCUUCACCGAUCCGAUGGCAGAGCACCGUCUACAGGCGUCGAGGUGAACGUUACGUCACGCCAUGCGUUCUUGAAGGCGAUCGCUGUGAAGGUUGUCGCGUAUAAACAUAGGACCUUGGCGGAAUAACAGGAAAGACUGCAGGAAAGGCUACAGGAAAGACUCGAAUUAUUGUGAUUGUUGGAAAUUGAAAUUCAACCAUUCAAUAGAAUUUUGCUAUAGUUGUGCAACAGUAUCUGACUCAGAUCAAUGUGUUUACCUGUCAUGCAAGCUCCCCUGAUCUGUCACCAAUCAAACAUGUCUGGGAUGAAAGGAACGACGUUUGUGACGUCCUCCUACAACGUUGCAACUACCGCUUCGUCAUGUCAUUCCCUGUCUCUGUUCAACGUGUAGUUCCACGAAGUGGACACACUCGCGACUGACUGUGAACUUGCCGCUGUGACCCCUUUGUAUGACACGGCUCGUGUGUAUAUGACAGGAGCGCUCUUCAUGGACUGUUGCGCGUUACAUCAGACAUUGUUGUUUCCGUUUGAUAUAAGUUCACGGCAGUACAAUUUUUUUACUCUGA